AUGUGCCUUAUUUACCCAUUGAACCGUAUCAUAGAUCUCUUCAUCCCAUCCUUUAUGGUGAUGACAGGGAUCGUUUUCGGGGUCUUCACCUUCCUGGAGGUUCUCGCCACCGAACGAAGUCUAGCAUUUAAUUUCGAACACUGGCACGCUCAACAGUUCACGCGGCUGUGGAAAACGUUUGGCCCCUUGGGUUCCAAUAUUCUCAGGCCCACAAUAUCUCCUCUGGCCGCGGUUGCGAACGGCGUUGUUUUGGAUAUCGGACCCGGUGAUGGUCAGUAUCUGGCGCACUAUCAAAGUGAGAAUAUAAUCAAGUUGUAUCUUGUUGAGCCAUGCGUUGGAUUGCACAAGAGGCUGCGGGAGAAUGUGAAGAAAGCUGGCCUCGAAGAUGUUACUACAAUAAUCGAUUGUGGGAUUCAACAUGUCAAUAUUCUUUAUGACCAUGGCAUAACCCCCGCCUCUGUUGAUACGAUCGCCACCUUCAGUGUGCUCUGCUCUGUGCCCGAUCCAGAGGAGACGUGUCGCUUCCUGUACUCGCUGCUUAAACCUGGUGGACAAUGGGUGAUCGUCGAGCAUGUUAUCGCCGAUCUGAAGUUUCCACUUGCUCGUUGGAUCCAGGGUAUGUUCGAGGUUGUUUGGCCGACGCUAAUGGGAGGAUGUAAUAUUAAUCGUGACUCGGGGAGCUACGUAAGAGAGGCUGGGCCUUGGACGAAGGUUGAACUGGGAAGGGGACAAAAUGAGUUUGGUUGGGAGAUGUUAGGGCACGUUGUGGGCAGGUUAGUGAAGUAG